UAAUCUACAUCUUUUAAUUCAAGAUCCACUAUUUACUGGAAAAUAAAAGCACCAUCUUGGCAGAAUCUUACGUGUCACACGAUUUCUUUCGCAUCAUUCAGUUAUGGAUUUUUAUGUUUUAAGUUUCAGUUUUAAUUGUGUCAAAUAAGUCAAAAGAAUGGAUAAGAGUAGUAAAGGUUUUGGAUGGAAUGACCUAAAUAUCCCACCCACAUCUACAGGACCAAGAGAUGAGAAAUCAAGUUUAAAACAUAUAGGUGUUCUUUUCAAUCUCGCAACACCGAUAGCUCUUGGAUAUGUGUAUUGGAAGUGCCAGCAGGAAAAGACCAAAUUGAAGACCCAACACUCUGAAGAAGUUCAAGCCUUCAAGAAACAUCUUGAAUCAGUGGCAAGUCAACAGGGCUACGUUAAAGCAUCUACAUUUGUCAGUACUAUUGAUGAAGCCCUCAGAGAAGAAGAAAACAAAUCUAAAGAAAUGUUAGAAGAACUCCACAAGGUUGAGCAUCAAAUUAAGAGCAUCUUGGACAUCCGCUGUAGCCGAAUAAACCCAUGGAAAACCAGAGAGAGAAGAGAAAAGCAAGAGCGAGACAUUCUUAAAAAUUCACUGACUGGUAUAUUGGCUCCACUAGAAAUGUAUGAUGGGCUUCAGCAUAUAUUUCAUUAUGAUCACUUACACUGUGGUGGUGGAUUUCACAAGAAUGGACAGUUGUAUCGUGUAUGGAUUAUUCAUUGGAGGUCUUUAAUAAUAGCCCAUAGAGAUCGUGCUAUUAAACAACAGAUAGAGAAAUUGAAGGCAACUCAUGGAUAGUUAUGUGUUAAAAACAUGUAAUGUUUGUUUAAAAUAUAUAUAUAUACAUCUUAUUGAUUUUUAGAUUAUGAAAAUUAUGUUAGGAUGAGUUGAAUGAACUUCAAAUGUAUAGUUUAAAGGUAAUUCAUUACUGUGUAAAAGUAUUUUAAGAAAAGAUUUUGAUUUUUGCUUCAGUUGGAGAACUAAUAAGACUAUGGUGUGUGUGUGUGAAGUUAUUUUCAGUAGAUUAAAUGCUAUUUUCUUUGAAUACAUGAUAACUCAAUAGUAAUAAAUAAUGUAGUAGACUUCCAUUUAUGUAGGUAAUAAAUUUAUGUAUUUAAUA